AUGUCCAGUCUUCAUAUGACCAAAUAUGCUGUUAAGAUUUCACGAAAAUUUCCCAUUAGUCAAAUAUUUGGAUUGAAUUGUUAUAAGCAGUUUUUUAAUGCAAGAGCAACUGCGAUUCCAUCGUGCUAUUCAACAAAUUCGCAAUCACUGAUUAUGGAAAACUUUUUCGAAAAUCGAAAUCAUCAAAUGAUAUCUGAAAAAGCUCGGGAAUUUAUCGAGGAAAGUAUAAAAUUAAUGAAACCCAAGGAAGUACAUAUUUGUGAUGGUUCAAAUGAAGAGGCUGAUCAACUUAUUAAACGAAUGGUUAACGAUGGAAUGCUAAAAAAGCUGAAGGCUUACGAGAAUAACUUUAUUUGCAGAACGGAUCCAAGAGAUGUUGCUCGUGUAGAAAGUAAAACAUGGAUGGUAACAGAAGAAAAAUUUGACUCGGUAUGUCAUACGGCGGAAGGUGUAAAACCGAUCAUGGGUAACUGGAUGUCACCUGAGCAGUUUGAAAACGAGAAAAAUACACGAUUUCCUGGUUGCAUGAAUGAACGAACAAUGUAUGUGAUUCCGUUUUCGAUGGGUCCAGUUGGUGGACCAAUUUCAAAAAUUGGAAUACAGGUUACUGAUUCCAGUUAUGUUGUUCUUUGCAUGCGUAUUAUGACUCGUGUAACGCCAAAAGUAUGGGAAACAUUAGAUGAUAAUAAUUUUGUCAAAUGUAUUCAUUCUGUCGGCGUUCCAAAACCAGUUAAAGAAAAAUUGGUGAACAACUGGGCAUGUAAUCCAACGAAAACGAUUAUAGCACAUCGUCCAGCACAGCGUGAAAUUUGGUCUUUUGGCUCUGGUUAUGGGGGUAAUUCGCUACUUGGGAAGAAAUGUUUUGCAUUAAGGAUUGCCUCAAAUAUAGCUAGACAGGAAGGUUGGAUGGCUGAACACAUGCUUAUCAUGGGUGUAACACCUCCGAAUGGUAAGGAACGCUUUCUUGCGGCUGCAUUCCCUUCAGCUUGUGGUAAAACCAAUCUUGCAAUGUUGACACCAACUCUUCCGGGUUGGAAAGUGCGAUGCAUAGGUGAUGAUAUAGCAUGGAUGAAGUUCGGUAAUGAUGGUCAGUUAUACGGAAUAAAUCCAGAAGCGGGUUUUUUUGGUGUUGCACCAGGAACAUCGUACAAAACUAAUCCCAUGGCGAUGGCAUCUUUUCAGAAAAACAGCAUUUUCACAAAUAUUGCUGAAACUGCUGAUGGGGAAUAUUUCUGGGAAGGACUGGAAAAAGAAAUCAAGAAUCCAAAAGUUGAUAUAAUCAAUUGGUUAGGUAAUAAAUGGCACAUUGGUGACGAUGGUCAAGCUGCACACGCCAAUUCUCGAUUCACUUGUCCUGCCAGUCAGUGUCCGAUUAUUCAUCCAAGAUGGGAAGAACCUGGUGGUGUACCAAUUGAGGCAUUUAUUUUCGGUGGAAGAAGACCGGAAGGUGUACCGCUGGUGUUUGAAUCAUUUUCGUGGCAGCAUGGAGUUUUUGUAGGUGCAUGCCUGAAGUCUGAAGCAACAGCUGCAGCUGAAUUUAAAGGUAAAGUAGUAAUGCAUGAUCCAAUGGCGAUGCGACCCUUUAUGGGUUAUAACUUUGGCAAAUAUCUUCAACACUGGCUAAAUCUGAAUAAUGGCAUUCAUAAGGUUCCAAAAAUUUUCCAUGUGAAUUGGUUUCGUCGUGAUGAGAAUGGUAACUUCUUGUGGCCAGGAUUUGGUGAAAAUAUUCGCGUAAUUGACUGGAUAAUAAAACGUUUGGAUGGUGAUGAAUCAGUUGGACAAAAAAGUGCUAUUGGUAUUGUACCUAAAGAAGAUUCAUUAAAUCUGGAGGGUCUUGAAAAUAUAAACAUAAAAGAAUUAUUGAGCAUUCCGAAGCAAUAUUGGGUAGAAGAUGUUCAGGAGAUUAAGAAAUUUAUGGAAGAACAGGUCGGAUCAGAUUUACCGCAAGAAAUUCGAGUCGAAAUGGAGGAACAAUUUAAAAGAAUUGCAGCGUUGUAA